AGAAGGAGGAGCGCGAAAGGAAAAAUUGAAUUUCAAUGCAAUGGGUGUUGUUCGGGAAUUGAAGGGAGAAGCGAAUAGAAAUGCGGUGGAGACUGCUCCAUGGAUGGGAAGCCUAACCCGGAUUCCUCCUCCCCGGACUUCCUCCGCCACGUUCAAGCCGCCUUGAAACGACACCGUCCACUCGGUUCAAUGCAGUCCAAUAGCAUAAGGCCAAGGCGCACGCUACUUCCACAACGAAAGCUAUCCAACACUCCCUCCGACCCCACCAAUUCUCAAGAACAAGCUUCUUCCAAGGUCUCACUCAACACCCUCGUCCCUUCCCAAAACCUACACGUUCAGAAGAAAGAUCAAUUUUCAGUUCACACGAAUUCUACUGCGCAGGAUGCUAAGGCCACCACUGAGUUGGAGAAUUUAUCGUCUCACAUGGGUUCGCUUGGAUUCGCAGAAAUGGAGUGGGUUGAAGGCAACCAAAUUGAAGCAUCGUCAUCGUCAUCAUUGCUAGGAGGCAACCAGAAGGGGGAUGUUCAGCAGGCUGGCUUUGACGCGAGUUUGAGAUGUGACAGUGGAGUGAGUUCCAUGUUGCCAAAGAGAAGUGUGGUUACUCAGGAUCAUUUGCAGCAAUUCAGUAGCUUUUUGAGUCAGCCAGCUACCCAGUCUUCGGUUUUGGGACCUUCAUGUGCUACAACAACCUCAGUUCAUUCAACUUCGGCACCUAUGCUAAAUUCAACAACACGAUAUUCUCAUUCGCAUCUAGACGGUGGCUCAAAUGUGACUGCUGAGCCUUUUGGGGAGGUUAAUGCUAAUCCUCGUCCUGUAACUGAAGGGGUUGUGAAAUCAGUAAAUGUUUUCCAAAAGGAAACCAACAGAAUGUUGAUGGAUCGGGGAGCAGAAGCUGAAGUGCCGGCCUCUGAUCUUGGUAUUGGUGAUGCAGAAUUGGUGUCUAAGGAGAGCAAUCGAUCUAGGGAGCAACAAGGGGGGAUUUUGAAAGAAUCUGGAAAUUCUAAAUAUACUUGGGAUGAUGGUAAAGGGAAAGAGGCUGUGGAUGUUGCCACUACACAACCGCAGGUACUACCUCCCACAUUCACAACCACAUCUUCAGAUGUGAAGUUGGAGUCUUCUAAGGUAGAAAAGCGAGAGAAGAUUGCAAGUAGUAAAGGUGCAUCAGCUCCCCGUAAGAGGACUUAUGACCCUGAUUUGUUUUUUAAAGUUAAUGGAAAGCUUUACCAACGUCUUGGGAAGAUAGGUAGUGGUGGAAGCAGUGAGGUACACAAAGUGAUUUCAUCGGACUGUAGGAUAUAUGCCCUUAAAAAGAUCAAGCUCAAGGGUCGUGAUUAUGCUACUGCAUUUGGGUUUUGUCAAGAGAUUGAGUAUCUCAAUAGGCUGAAGGGAAAGGAUAACAUCAUACAGCUCAUAGAUUAUGAGGUGACAGACAAGGCAUUACUUGAGGAAGUUAUGAAAGGCUCUUUAAGUAAUAGAGAUGGCCGGGUCAAGGAUGAUGGAUGUAUAUACAUGGUCCUUGAAUAUGGAGAAAUUGAUUUGGCUCACAUGUUGUCUCAGAAGUGGAAGGAACUGGAUGGGAGCCACCGGACCAUAGAUGAGAACUGGCUUCGAUUUUAUUGGCAGCAAAUUCUUCUAGCUGUCAACACUAUUCACGAGGAACGUAUUGUGCACUCAGACUUGAAGCCAGCUAACUUCCUUCUUGUCAAAGGUUCCCUAAAACUAAUUGAUUUUGGUAUAGCCAAAGCAAUAAUGAAUGACACAACCAACAUCCAACGGGAUUCACAGGUGGGUACACUUAGUUACAUGUCUCCAGAGGCAUUUAUGUGUAAUGAGACUGAUGCGAAUGGAAACAUCAUAAAGUGUGGCCGGUCAUCAGAUAUAUGGUCCCUGGGUUGCAUCCUUUAUCAAAUGGUAUAUGGGAGAACGCCUUUUUCUGAUUACAAGACAUUUUGGGCCAAAUUCAAGGUCAUAACAGAUCCACAUCAUGAAAUUACGUAUGAACCAGUUUCAAACCCAUGGCUUUUGGAUCUUAUGAUGAGGUGUUUAACAUGGGACCGCAAUCAAAGGUGGAGAAUACCUCAGCUACUGGAACAUCCUUUUCUUGUUCCUCCUGUACCAUCUCAUCCAUCUUUGCCCCAAGAUAAUAAUAGCUGUAAAUUGCUACAACAUAUUUCUGAAACUUGUACAUAUGACCCAGAGGUAUCUGAACUGUGUAGUCAGCUCCAACGGCUUCUAAGUGAUUCAGUCGACAAAACAACUCACUCACUAAAUUCACGAGAUCAACAAAUAAAACUGCUGUCCCAAAUGUCAGAUAUGUGUAUUCAGCUGCAUGAACGUUUGAGAAAUACUGGAAACAAGUAGGGUGAUGAGGGAAGCUAGUGCGAUGGUCAGUGGGUGCUUAAUUCUUUUGGUCUCUUAGUUAUUUUUCUCCAAUCCCAGUUUUUCCAUACUCUACUUUUCUUCUCACCUUACACCCCCAUCUCGUAUAUUUUUCUUAACAUCGUUCACCUCAUUUAUCGCUUUCUCUCUUUCCUUGUAUCUUCCUUCCCAAAGUGCAGGUGUGAAGAAGUCUUCGUAUUUUCAUUGAUGUAAUUUUCUUGGACUUUUCGUGGGUAGGUAGUCUUCUAGGUUGCAUUGUAUGUAUUUCCCAUUAUUCAGAGUGGGUUAAAAUGUGUAGCAAGUGAAUUUAGGACAGGACAUGUAUAAAUUUUGUUAGGUGUUCCUGAAGCGCCAAAUUAAUGAAUCGAGUAUAGAUAUUUGUUAAAAA